AUGUUCGCUCAAGUUGAAGUUUCUCAAGGUAUAUUGAAAGGGAAAGUAUGUGAAACGGUUUUUGGAAAGAAAUAUUACAGUUUUGAAGGCAUACCCUAUGCGAAGCCGCCUGUUGGAAACUUGAGGUUUAGAGAUCCACAGGAACCAGAGAACUGGAAAGGUGUCCGCGAUGCCACGAAACCAGGUAACAAGUGUUGCCAGCUCAACCCAUAUACUCAAACAACAAUAGAAGGCUCUGAAGACUGUCUCUACUUGAACGUAUACACACCAAGCUUGCCAGGCGAUGAAAUAGAAAACCUACCAGUCAUGUUUUUUGUCCACGGAGGUCGAUUUAUUUUCGGUUACGGGGACUAUUAUAAACCGGACUAUUUUCUCGAACAUGACGUUAUUUUAGUAACUAUAAAUUACAGAUUAAAUGUCCUUGGGUUUUUGUGUUUAAAUAUACCUGAAGUGCCAGGAAAUGCUGGGUUGAAGGACACGGUUUUCGCUUUAAGAUGGGUUAGAAAUAACAUUGAGCAUUUUAAUGGUGAUUACAACAAUGUUACCGUUUUUGGCGAAAGCGCCGGGGCAGGAGCUGUUGCGUCGUAUAUGACUUCUAAAAUGGCUAAUGGCCUUUAUCACAAAGUAAUAGCGCAGUCAGGAAACUCAAUAGCUGAUAUCUACAUGAUUGAUGACGACCCUAUAGAGAAGGCAAUAAAAAUAGCCGAGAAUUUGGACCAAGAGAUCGAAGACGAAAGAUCUUUAUACGAAUUUUUGGUACAAGUACCAAUUCAGGAUCUCAUAGUGGCCUUCAGUGUUGCUGAAAUUGGCCGACCAGCGUCCGUUAUCAACGCAUAUCUACUACCAGUGGUAGAAAAGGAAUUCCCGGGCGUUGAGAGAUUUUUCGACGAGUUUCCGAGAAUUGAUUUUCCAUUGCAACGCUUCACAAAGGUCCCUGUGAUGACUGGAAUGAAUUCUCACGAAGGAGCGCUGUUUUUGCAAAAAGACGAAGAUGGGCAUGUGGAGUUUGAGAAUGAUUAUCAUUACUUUAUACCAAAAUUUUUGCACAUCCCAAAGGAAGAUGAGAGAACAGCUGAAAUUGAGAAAAAGAUUAGGAAAUUCUACUUCAAUAACCUCGAAGUGGAUCAAAGUUUGAAAGAACAAUACAUUAAUAUGGUUUCCGAUACAUUUUUCCAGUUCCCUAUAAUGUUGUGGCCUGAGAUCCUUUCGAAAUCGGAUUGUGAAGUUUACAUGUAUAAAUUUCAGUAUUCUGGAAAUUUGAAUACUCGAAUUAUGAAGGCUUUGGGGAUUUCGGGUGCCAGCCAUGGGGAUAUGAUACAAUACCAGUUUUAUAGAGAAACGAAGCACGAAAAGGCUGAUCACACUGAUAUGAAGAUUAUUAAGAUGCUUGCUGAAGCUUGGUGCUCAUUUGCUAGAAAUGGACAUCCUACUUGGGAGGAUCAGGAAACUGAAUGGUUACCAUACACAAGAACAGGAAAGCAAGUCUUGAUCAUAGAUAAAAAUAUUGAAUGCGUCAGAAAUCCAGAUUUAGACAGGCUUAGAUUCUGGAAGGGCGUUACAGGCGAAGUUUGCAAAUUGUAA